AUGGGCAGCCAAGAUCACGAAACUUCUAAUGGCUUCGAAUUUUGCAAAAAUUAUAAGGGUCUUCACGUACUGAAACUGCAUGAUCAAAUUAAAGAACUUCAAACAAUCCUAAGAGACAAAAACACUUCUAGAAGUGACUUUAAGUUUUAUGCUGACCGACUUAUUAGGUUAGUGAUCGAAGAUAGCUUGAAUCAACUGCCUUUUACUAAUUGUGAUGUAAUUACCCCAACAGGAGCCACCUAUGAUGGCUUAAAAUAUAAAUCUGGUAAUUGUGGGGUAUCCAUAGUAAGGUCUGGAGAAGCAAUGGAGCAAGGCUUAAGGGACUGUUGUAGAAGUAUUAGGAUAGGAAAAAUAUUGGUAGAAUCUGAUUUAGAUACACAUGAGGCUAAAGUUGUGUAUGCCAGGUUUCCUGAAGAUAUUUCACAAAGGCAUGUAUUACUUAUGUAUCCUAUAAUGUCUACAGGAAAUACUGUCAGUAAAGCUGUUAACGUACUUAAAGAACAUGGUGUUAAAGAAGAAUGCAUAGUACUUAGUAAUUUAUUUUGUACCCCUCAAGCUGUUCAAACAGUUUUAGAUUUAUAUCCAAAGAUGAAAAUAUCAACUUCAGAAGUCCAUCCUGUAGCACCAAAUCAUUUUGGCCAAAAGUAUUUUGGAACAGAUUAA